GCCAGACACGCAGCCACUGAACCACAAGCAGCUCGGCUUUAACUGGAGUGCCUGGGAGUCGCGUGCCAGCAGCCACACGGCCAGGGACUGACUGACAGACAGCCACGCACGAGAACGACAACACACGAGACCCGGGCGAGCUGCCGCGGUCGUCGGGGCUCUUGGCAAAGUCGCCCAGCCGAGAGGCCCCCCCCCGCGGAGGUGCGCCUAGGAAGCGCCAAGCCCGCGGUGCGGAGGACACCGUGCUCUGUUCCGGGCUGCGGGGACAUUCCCAGACACACACCGGAGCAGCAGCUGCGCCGCGACACAUCUGGAGCCGCGUAGGAUGUUCGUCAAAUCUGAGACUCUGGAGUUGAAGGAGGAAGAGGAGGUACUGAUGCUGCUGGGCUCGGCUUCCCCGGCCUCGGCGACCCUGACCCCGAUGUCCUCCAGCGCGGACGAGGAGGAGGACGAGGAGCUGCGCCGGCCAGGCUCCGCGCGUGGGCAGCGUGGAGCGGAAGCGGGGCAGGGGGUGCAGGGCAGUCCGGCGUCGGGUGCCGGGGGUUGCCGGCCAGGGCGGCUGCUGGGCCUGAUGCACGAGUGCAAGCGUCGCCCGUCGCGCUCACGGGCCGUCUCCCGAGGCGCCAAGACGGCGGAGACGGUGCAGCGCAUCAAGAAGACCCGCAGGCUCAAGGCCAACAACCGCGAGCGCAACCGCAUGCACAACCUAAACGCCGCGCUGGACGCGCUGCGCGAGGUGCUGCCCACCUUCCCCGAGGAUGCCAAGCUCACGAAGAUCGAGACGCUGCGCUUCGCCCACAAUUAUAUCUGGGCGCUCACCGAGACCCUGCGCCUGGCGGACCACUGCUCCGGCGCCGGCGGCCUCCAGGGGGCGCUCUUCUCCGAGGCGGUGCUGCUGAGCCCCGGAGCUGCGCUCGGCGCCAGCGGGGACAGCCCUUCUCCACCUUCCUCCUGGAGCUGCACCAACAGCCCCGCGUCGUCCUCCAACUCCACGUCCCCAUACAGCUGCACUUUAUCGCCCGCUAGCCCCGGGUCAGACGUGGACUACUGGCAGCCCCCACCUCCGGAGAAGCAUCGUUAUGCGCCUCACCUGCCCCUCGCCAGGGACUGUAUCUAGAGCUGCGGGUCUCCCUCUCUCUACCCGCCCCUCUUCCCAUCCUUCUCCCGUCCCCCACCCUCCACGCCCCGGGCUCCACUUCACAGAGCAGAGGUGGCCCUUGCAAUCCCCUCGGCUGCUGGUGCAUUCGGGUGUGGAGACCCGCUCUGAUUUAUUGAAGAUGUGAAGAUUUAUGGUCAAAGAGGACUAUGGCGUGUGGGAGUGGGGGCUGGCGGGGGGAACCUCGUAAGACUGUAAAAGACACUGAGAAAAAGUACCAUAACUAACGAGUGUGCAGAGCAGACUGACGCUCCUCCCCUCUCUCCGAGCUGCUGGAGGAGAACUCCGGCAGGCAGUUCGUGUGAAUCUCUCAGAGGGAAUGCAACUGGUCCCUGUGAUCUUUUCACCUUCCUUUCUACAUAGAGAUGUUAAUGUCAGUCGAAAGAAAUGUAUCUUAGCAUCUGAAUGAAUUUACCGGUAAUAAUAUUAUCCACACAUUUGCAAUGGCUGGCAUCUGCUCUAUUCCCAUUGCUGUCUGCAGGCUGUGGGAAUUUCACCUGUCAAACCAAACUUUCCCUCUGAUGUGCACUUUGUUUUUUCCCAGAUUCGUCACAAUGCCUAUUGUCCCGCCCUUCUCUUUGCUUUUUUUUUUCUUUCUCCAUUUUGCCAUCUGUCUCUUAUGAUUUAUAAGGGGGAAAAACUUGUUUUGUUAGAGGGCCAGGUUAGAAGUCAUUGUAUAAUUUGUAGGCUUUGUAAGGGUUGAAUGCAAGCGUGGAAAUUUAGGCUGAAUUCUCUAUCAAAAGAAAAAAUGUGAAGGAAAAGGGAAAAAUCAGGAGGGAGGAUUGCUUCAUGCAUUAUUUAUCUCGACCUUUUAGGGGAGAAGGAACUCCCCCAUCCUUUCAAGAGAUUAAAAAUAAAUCAACAGUCUGAAAACCUAAGCAGACACGGGGCAUUGCCAGGAUCAGCCACACACGCGUUUCCUUCUAUUUAUUUUGAAGAAAAAUUUCAUGGGAAAAGUAUGUAUUUUUUGUAUAUUCUACAGAGUUUAUUCUAGUAUGUAUUUACAUCCCGAAGAACAAGAAAAUUGUUUUGUGAUUAAGCUAUAAAUAAAGUAUCUAAUUUUCAUAA